GUCUGCUCCAGGGAAAGCAGCCAGGUCGCAUUUGAUAAAGGCAGCUUCUCUUAGGAAGAAUUGUCCCCCCAAACCCAUAGAGAGACAAUCUCUCUGGCUCUGAGUUAAAAUUCUUCCUUCCAGGAUGGGGAAGAUAGUGAUGAAGAUACUGGUUGUGUUUGCUCUUGGAACGAACUACUGGGCUUGCUCAGGUUUCCCCGUGUACGACUAUGACCCGUCCUCCUUGAGGGAAGCCCUCAGGGCCUCUGUGGCGAAGGUGAAUUCCCAGUCCCUGAGUCCGUACCUGUUUCGGGCAUUCAGAAGCUCAUUAAAAAGAGUUGAGGUCCUGGAUGAGAACAACUUGAUCAUGAGUUUAGAGUUCAGCGUUCGAGAAACUACAUGCAGGAGAGAUUCCGGAGAAGAUCCUUCCACGUGUCCCUUCCAAGGCAGCUACUUCAUGCCAACAGCCGUCUGCAGAAGCACCGUGCGGGUGUCUGCCGAGCAGGUGCAGGACGUGCAGGCUCGCUGCAGCUGGGCAGCCACGUCCUCCGAGUCCGAGUCUGUCAGCAGCGAGGAGAUGAUUUUUGGGGACAUGUUAGGAUCUCACACGUGGAGAAAUGAUUAUCUAUUUGGUCUCAUUCCUGACGAAUCCAGAAAUGGACAACUUUAUGAUCGGUCCCUUGAGAUCAUGAGAAGGGUCUUUCCUCCUGGAAAUAGACGGUACCCAAACUACCGGCGCAGAACAAGAAUAAAUGCUGGCCUUGAGUGACAGCCCCGAGCAGAAUGCAUUGGAAGGAAGAGACGUUGCAACGAAGAAAGAUAUUUGAUAAAUUCUGUAAUUUUUCUUUUGAUCAAUUCCAAUCUGUAAUAAAUGCCUUACUUUUC